ACCAAAAUCCGAAAAGCGCAUAUUUUGUUCCGAGUUUGAUAUUCACAUAAGUGUAUCGGUAUUCUUUGCGGUUAUACCAUACAAAUCACAUUAGUUUUUCAUAGUAGUAAUAUAAUAAGUUCUAGUCUAAUUCUGCAAUUGUAUCUAAUUCAUACAAUUAUGUGACAUUCUAACCUACGUAAAUAUUUGUAUUAUUGUGACUUAUUUGCAUUUCAAAAUUUUCCGUUAUAGUAAGUCCAAAAAUAGAGAAAUAAUAUAAGUCCACAUAUACGAAAAUACAAGAAAAACAAUUAUUAUUUAAUUAAAGUUUAUUCAACAUCGAAGAAGAUCACGUUAUGGACACAGACAAUGAGCAUAAAAUAGAUCACACAGAAGAUAUUUAUUUAAAAGAUGAUAAGGAUUCAAACACACUAACUGCUGCACAACGAGCACGGGCAGAACGAAAUAGACAAAAAGCACGCGCAUUAAGAGAGGCCCGAUUAGUCCAACGUCCAAAAAAUGAGGGAUGUCAAAGAGUGGAAAAGAAUGUAAGUCGAGCACUGGACUCAGGCGGCGGAUUCCUGCUGGAGGAAGAGCCUGCGCCCGAAGCAACGCCAUGUGUGCGUCCCGCGCCCGUCGUGCACCGCUUGGAGCAGCCGCAUUGUCUCGUCUGUGAACUACCCUUUCCACAAUCAUACCUAUUCGACACUUUUGAUUAUAGUGUCUGUGAUGCCUGCAGGGACGACGAGGACGCACACAGUCUCAUCACUCGCACAGAGGCGAAGAGCGAGUAUCUCCUGAAGGACUGCGACCUCGACUCUCGGCCUCCUGCCCUGCGCUGCGUGCGGCGCCGCAACCCGCACCGCUCGCGCUUCGCUGAGAUGCGCCUGUACCUGCGCGCGCAAGUGGAGGCGCGCGCCCUGCUAGUGUGGGGCUCGGCCGAGGAGCUGCAGCGCGAGCUCGAAGAGCGACGCGCGCGCCGCGACAAGGCCGCCGGCACGGCCGCGCGUAAGCGCCUGCGCGCCCUUCGCAUGGACGUGCGCUCCAGCCUGUACGACCGCACGCGUGCGCACCAUGAGCAUGCCUUCGGGCCCGAGACCUACGACGCCGCUGCGGAUAUAUAUAGCCGUUCCUGCGACUGCGGCCACGUCGAGACUUACGAGAAGAUGUGACUCCGUAAUGAUCAAAGCCGUUUAAUUAAAUAACGUGUAUAUUUUGAAUAUAAUACCGUACACAGGUGCAGAUGAAGAGCGCUGGACGAUGCGGUCGAGAUGCCGUUGCGGCUCGAUCGUAUCGUCUUCGGAAGCCUCGACCUUAACACGGUGUUAAUACAUACAAUAAACUCGACGGUAAAACCAAAUGCAAAUUGUAAAAUAGUACAGUACUUUUGGUAUUCUUAAACAUAAAAAAAGCUGAUACUAAAUCAAAAUAAAAAAAUUUGUGGAUCACCACCAUGACACCAACAAUAUUAUUCCAAAGAAUAAUGUGUAUGGAAUGAUUUCUCAAUUUAGUACAUUUAAAUGAAAGAUUGUUUGCAUUUAUCGUUUACAGUUGUAGAUAUGCCAGUUAUGAACCAACAGAUAAAUACAUCAAGUUAUAACAGUUACACUUUCUUAUUCUUCUUUCACUAACUGUAGGUGUCAUGAUGAAAACUAAUUUAUUUCACAUUUAAAUCGCCUUCAGGUCUUCUGGUAGCUCGUUUUUAGGAU